AGGAGGAGGGCGUGGGUUGAGAAGCGUCGCGUGCUGCUGCGGCUAUAGGUCAUUAAGGCGCGCGGUUUGUUCGUUGCUGAACAGACGCAGAUCGGUGUGUGAAUGAGAGUUCCAGGUCGGAGAGAGAGAGAGACGACAAUGAUCCGUAACUGGUGUGUCUGCGUUUGAGAGGAGAGAAGAGGAGCGGGAGUUGGAGAGACAGCGAGAGACAGACAUGGAGGACUCGGAGCCUGGUGGGGAAGACGGUAUGGUCAGCGGCUGGCGGUGGAAUAACCGGAACACCGGAGCUCGAGACCAGGUUCAGCUCAGGCAGAAGAUCCGGGAUUUACCAGGACUGUUGAAACAUGGACUGCACCUACGGAAGAAAAGCCAGUCACCUGAUACCAUCCCUGGACCCAGCACAAGCCCUACUGUUCAUAAGUCCUGCUCCCAGAGUUUCCCUUGUGCAGGGCGUGCGGUGAGAAAUGCUUUCCUGUCUAAUGGGCCCUACCCUGCGAAAGACAAGAUUCACCUCGCCAGGAUCAUAAGGCGUAGCUACGUGGGUGUAGACCUGGUUCAGUGGCUGUGUGAGCAGUGUGUGUACGUGCGCUGUCGGAGCAUGGCCGUGCAUGUCUGGCAGGUCUUACUGGAGCUGGGUAUCCUGCUGUCUGUGGACCAGCGCGUGGUGUUUGGGGACUCUAACUCCUACUACCAGUUCAGCUUUGAGGAGUGUGAGUCUGCAGCCUGCGAGUUCUGCGGCCUGGAGAAGGAGGCGUGGCCAGAGGCUGUUAGGCUCCUCCUACAGCUUGUCCCAUACGUCCAGUUCAGAACUGGGUCUGAGGAGGACUCAGAGGGAAACAGAGAUGUCUGUGGGGACAGCUUUCUCCAGAUGAAAGCAUUAGAUAGGCUCACCUCCACGGUGCAGAAUGAGUUGGCUGUUGCUCUCGCCCGCAAGGCUCGCAAAGCCAUGGCAGAGCAGGGUGGCCCAGAGUCACCAGACGCCAUCCCCCGGGAGACACACACACCCAGCGACGAGAACACCACGCCCCCCUCCUUACAGCUGGGGGGGGGUUGUUCGCUCCGCGGCAACGUGGGGAGUGUGUGUGUGCGGCCGGACGGUGUGUGUGGCCGCGAGGAGCUGACCAGACUAGAGCUGGUCCAGAGACUGGCUAAGGACGGCUGCAGACUGCUGCAGAACCAGAACUAUAGAGUACCAGACCACCGCAACCCCACAGGAGAGGUGGUAGGGAGGGUGUGUCUUAAGGAAAGGGGGCGGGAUGUCCUUGUGCUACAGAGAGUGCCAUCAUCAGUGACAUCAUCACCUAAUCCCGCCUCAUCGCCAUCAGGGGGAGGAGCAAGGGAAGAAGAUGGAGAGAAGAGGUAUGUGGUGGUGUCUGGAACACCACUGAAGAUUCUAGAACACCUGCUGAGUGACCUACGACUGGACGACCAGAGAGGAACGCCGGAGAGCAAAGAGUCUGAGAUGCUGCUGGAUGACUUCCUGUUGACGUACCUAGUGUUCAUGACGACCAACGACCUCUGUCAGGCCCUGCUCGGACACUACAGCAGUAAGCGUGUGCGUCAGGAGGAAGGGAAGGAGGCCCUCUAUAGGAAGAGGAAGGUAUUGCACCUGGUCUCUCACUGGACACGCCUAUAUAAGGACUUCCUACGAGAGGACGAACACAUCAAGACAUUCAUGAAGACUCUCUCUAGGUGUGUGUUAGAGGAUCUUUAUGAGUUUCCAUCUCUGGAGAAAGACAUGAAGGAGUUCCAGAAGCUUCUACGACGCAGACACACUGUGGAUGAAUGUCCUCCACAGCAAAAGAGUAAACCUAUGUUCCAGCAGCUCAGUUUGAAAGAGAACAGUCUUCCGCUCCGUUCCCCUCAGGUUGACACCAAGGAGGUGUUGUGUCGUGUGUAUGUGAGUGCUGACUCCUACCUGUGUGUUUACACACACUCUCUGCUGAGCGUCACAGAGCUGUUGAGGGUUGUGGGUCAGAAGAUGGACCGACCAGAAGAGGACAUGGUGCUGGUCACACACACGCACACUGGAGAGAGGAGGGUGUUACAGGCUGGUCAGUGUGUGUAUUCUGAGACUAUGACGCCACAGAGCAAACUGAUGGUCUGUCAGAGGGACCUCACACAUAUUAUGGCCCCUCUAACAGACAGUGAGCUGAGCAGGAGAACAGUGAGGUUGCUGGGUAUCAACACCUGGGAUAUGGCUGCUGCUCUCACACAACUGGACUGGAACCUCUUCAACUACAUACACGAGCAGGAGUUGGUGUAUUCCACAAUGAGCUGUAGUACCGGAGGCAGCCACCGGGAGGGGCUGUCUGUAUUACUGCAACGCUGUAACGAGGUCCAGCAGUGGGUCAUGUCUGAGGUCCUAAUGUGUGUGUCGCUCAACAAACGAGUCCAGCUGCUCAAGAAGUUCAUCAAGAUCGCAGCGCACUGUAAGGCCCAGAGGAACCUGAACUCAGCAUUUGCCAUCAUCAUGGGACUAAACACUGCAGCUGUCAGUAGACUCAAUAUAACCUGGGAGAAGGUUCCGGGGAAAUUCAAGAAGAUUUUCUCUGAACUGGAGUUGAUCACAGACCCGUCUCUGAACCAUAAAGCCUACAGAGAUGCCUUCAAGAAGAUGAAGCCUCCUAAGAUCCCGUUCAUGCCCCUGCUGUUGAAAGACAUCACCUUCAUCCACGAGGGAAACAAAACCUUUCAAGACAACCUGGUGAACUUCCAGAAACUGCACAUGAUCGCCGACAUAGUGCGCCUGAUUCGCCACUGCCAAAGCGACCAACUGGGUAACGAGGUGGUGGGCAGCGACAAUCCUGAGGUCAGGGCGAGUGUUCACCACUUACACAUCAUCGACAAUCAACAGACACUCUUUCAACUGUCACACAAACUGGAGCCGCGCGCCUGAACACGCACACUCCCAGAGGAACUUUUGACCUCCACAGAACCACAGAAAAUACACUUCCUGUAUCAAAGGUGCCAUGCGAGCCACUGUCUCUCAGCCAAUCACAGUUCAACAUCCUGAAAUAGCCAGCCAACCACACUUCAGAAGACUGAUUCAGCCAGCCAACCACAGAGCUGCACACUGAGGCGGCGUUCAGACUGAAAAUGAAUAUCUGGCAAAACCUAAAUUCAGAUUGUUUUUCUGUGAGGGUCAAACGUUAAUGGAUGACAGAGCCUUUGAAGAGGACAGGCAGCCAUUCGUUAAUGUUCUGUGGUGAAUACAGUCGUUAAGCUACUCUCCAGUUACUGAGACUGCAUGUUGUUCUGUUUCUGCUCUGAAAUGAACAGUCAGUUUCACUGUAUUUGAGGAUCCUCGGUCGGGUCCUGUGAAUGCAGAUGUUAAUGGAUGGUAUAAAUGUACAGUGUGUAUAUAUGGACAGAGUAGACAUACAGUAGAUGUGUACUGUGUGUGUUCAGGCCACAUGGUGAGCCUCUGGAUGUUACAGUGCCAAAUGCCCAGAUGGGAAAGUGAUGCCAUAUUCGGCUAUACAGACACACAGCUUUUCACAUGUCUCCAUAGUAACAACAACAGCCUGGUCCUGCCAUACCAUAAAAGGUCAUAACAUUACACAUUGUUGUUAGAUGUUAUAACAUGGUAUUAUAGAGAGUUAUUAUAUUGUUGUUACACUUUUACUGACUGAAUAGAUUGUUCUGUUAUUUCAAUGCCUGUUACACACAGAUUUCACUAAGCAACAUGGCCUGGGUUCAAUCCCAGCCAAUGCCUGUUACACACAGAUUUCACUAAGCAACAUUGACUGAUCUAGAACAUUACUCUGUUAAGGCUUGGCGUAGUCACACUGACUGAUCUAGAACAUUACUCUGUUAAGGCUUGGCGUAGUCACACUGACUGAUCUAGAACAUUACUCUGUUAAGGCUUGGCGUAGUCACACUGACUGAUCUAGAACAUUACUCUGUUAAGGCUUGGCGUAGUCACACUGACUGAUCUAGAACAUUACUCCGUUAAGGCUUAGCGUAGUCACACUGACUGAUCUAGAACAUUACUCCGUUAAGGCUUGGCGUAGUCACACUGACUGAUCUAGAACAUUACUCUGUUAAGGCUUAGCGUAGUCACACUGACUGAUCUAGAACAUUACUCUGUUAAGGCUUGGCGUAGUCACACUGACUGAUCUAGAACAUUACUCCGUUAAGGCUUGGCGUAGUCACACUGACUGAUCUAGAACAUUACUCCGUUAAGGCUUGGCGUAGUCACACUGACUGAUCUAGAACAUUACUCCGUUAAGGCUUGGCGUAGUCACACUGACUGAUCUAGAACAUUACUCCGUUAAGGCUUGGCGUAGUCACACUGACUGAUCUAGAACAUUACUCUGUUAAGGCUUGGCGUAGUCACACUAGUACAUGCACAUGUAUCUACAGUAUUCAGGUGUUUAGGAGCAGGGCAGCACUGCUAUAGGACUAUUUAUUGUGAUAGUGACUGUAUUUAUGUUUCUCUAAAGGAGACAGACUGUGACAGUCCUGUGUGCCAGAUGAGACGGCAGCUGUAUAAAGACAAUAUUAAAAGUGUAAAGCUAUACAGGGUAACGGGGAGAUGUGUAAAGAUAGUGAACUGUGUAUACAAAGGUUUGAAGUUGGAGCUGAAAUGCUGGAAUGUUUAAAACAGGAGACAAGGAGGGAAUGAUUGUUUACUGUCCUGUGUGAUGUCAAAAUGGGGGGAGGGGCGACAGAGAAACAAAAGAACCAAUGAAAAAGAGUUUUGUUGUUGUUUUCUUGCCGUGGUCAUGACGAUGUAAAGUUCUGUUUUAAAGAAUGUUGUUGUGUUUGCAUGACGUGACGACCCCAUGAGAUCACAAUGCAAGACCACAGAUCCUAUUCUAUAAUGCCCUACGUUUGACCAGAACCCAUGUGGCCCUGGUCAGAGUAGUGUACUAUAUUAUAGGGUAUAGGGAGCUCUGGUUAAAAGUAGUGUACUAUAUAAGCCAGGGAAUAGUGUGCCAUUUCAGAUUUGCUAUAAGGCUUUAUUCUUCUGUAAUAUUGUUGACUUGUUAAUAUGGAUAAUGUUAUUACUAUAAUGUAGGGUUUCCCAACCCUUUUCUCGGGUACUGGCAGAUAUUUCACAUUUUAGUUUAACCCUAAACUCCCAGCCACAUUCAGUUAGUCAACUAAUCAUCAACCCUUUAACUAAUUCAAUCAGGUGUGUCAGUUCAGGGUUGAAACAAAAAUGUGAAACGUUUAGGGGAGGCCAGAGGAAAUAGAUGGGAAACACCGCUAUAAUGUUGUUAUUAUUAUUAUUAUUUUAUUAUGAUGUUUGAGAUGUUAUUAUUUAUCUGUUUAAAAGUAGACUCCCCAAUAUGACAUCAUAAAGGAGCGGGUCAACUGCUUAUAGCAACAUCAUCAUCAACAGAAGUCAAUGCUGCCACUAUUGGCUCUGCAACUAUAGUCUCCAAAUUGUGCCCUCCCUUGAGGAGAUUUGAAUUCUGUUGUUGUUUUUGUUGUUGUUAUUGUUUCUGUUUCCCCGCUGUAUGUGAUGCCAUAUUGCUGAGUGUACCUUUAGGGAAAAGAGAAACACAGAGCAAUAUGCCCCUAACUGCUGAAGCCACUCGUCUUUUCUAAAGAGCGUUUUAAUACAUAAAAGUUUUACUUGAGAUGAUGAAUAAAUUAUAGGUUUUAUGUCAUAUUAAACAUUGUGU